UCCCCUCUGCCCGCCAUGGCGGGGUCUAGCAGCCUGUGGGGCACAGAGCCGCCCCACUUCCUGGAGGCCUUCGGACGGCUCUGGCAGGUACAGAGCUGGCUGGGCAGCGGCUCCUCGGCCUCUGUGUACUGGGUACGAUGCUGCGGGACUCCUGGAUCGCCACCUGGGGCCCUCAAACAAUUCCUACCACCCGGGACCACUGGGGCCAUAGCCUCGGCCACCGAAUACGGCUUUCAUAAGGAGAGGGCAGUGCUGGAACAGUUACAAGGCCACCGAAACAUCAUGACCCUGUAUGGAGUAUUUACUAUCCAAUUUCCUCCAAAUAUGCCAUCAUACUGUCUACUUCUUGAACUACUGGAUGUCAGUGUUUUGGAACUGCUUUUAUAUUCUAGUCAUCAAGGGUGUUCCAUGUGGAUGAUCCAACACUGUGCCAGAGGUGUUUUAGAGGCCCUGGCUUUUCUUCACCAUGAGGGCUAUGUUCAUGCAGACCUAAAGUCAUGUAACAUACUGUGGAGUGCAGAGAAUGAAUGCUUUAAACUUAUUGACUUUGGUCUUAGCUUCAAGGAAGGCAAUCAGGAUGUAAAGUAUAUCCAGACAGACAGGUAUCAGGCUCCAGAAGCAGAAAUACAGAAUUGUUUGGCCCAGGCUGGGCUACAGAGUGAAACAGAAUGUACCUCAGCUGUUGAUUUGUGGAGCCUCGGAAUCAUCUUGCUGGAAAUGUUCUCAGGAAUGAAACUGAAACAUAUGAUCAGAUCUCAGGAAUGGAAGGUAAACAGUUCAGCUAUCAUUGAUCACAUAUUUGCCAGUAAAGCUGUGGUGACCUCUGCAAUCCCAGCCUAUCACCUCAGAGACCUUAUCAAAAGCAUGCUUCAUGAUGACCCAAGCAGAAGAAUUCCAGCUGAUAUGGCAUUCUGUAGUCCCUUCUUUAGCAUUCCUUUUGCCCCUCAUAUUGAAGAUUUGGUGAUGCUUCCUACGCCUGUGCUAAGAUUGUUCAAUGUAUUGGAUGAUGACUAUCUCGAGAAUGAGGAAGAAUAUGAAGAUGUUGUAGAAGAUGUGAAAGAAGAGUGUCAGAAGUAUGGGCCAGUGGUGUCUCUGCUUGUUCCAAAGGAGAACCCAGGCAGAGGUCAGGUCUUUGUUGAAUAUGCAAAUGCAGUGGAGCAGGAUAAAGGGAUCUUAUCACUUAACCCUCCCAGCCUCCUGGCCAAAUUAAAACUCAGGUAG